GACCCAGAGAGGUGGAGUCAGAGAAUCCAAACCCAGGGUAAAUAAAGGGAGUGUCAUCCCGGUCCAAGGCCCCUGGGACCUAGAGACUCCCGCCUCCCCGAGGCCCCACAACAGAGUGCUGAGUCACGCUGACUGACGGCCGGCGCUCUGCAAAACCUGCCUGUGCUGUGUCCCUGACGCUGCGGAGACUCGACAGCGGCCGCGGUUUCCCUCCUGGGCCUGAGCUACAGCGGACUCCCCACCAGAACGUUCUUUAUAGACUUCAAAAUGGGAUCCUCUAAGAAGGUUACUCUCUCAGUGCUGAGCCGGGAGCAGUCAGAGGGGGUUGGAGCGCGGGUCCGCAGAAGCAUUGGCAGACCUGAGUUGAAAAAUCUGGAUCCAUUUUUACUGUUUGAUGAGUUUAAAGGAGGAAGGCCGGGAGGGUUUCCUGAUCACCCACACCGAGGUUUUGAAACAGUAUCUUACCUUCUGGAAGGGGGCAGCAUGGCCCAUGAAGACUUCUGCGGGCAUGUUGGUAAAAUGAACCCAGGAGACCUACAGUGGAUGACUGCAGGCCGGGGCAUUCUGCAUGCCGAGAUGCCCUGCUCAGAGGAGCCAGCCCAUGGCUUACAGCUGUGGGUGAAUCUGAGACGCUCAGAAAAGAUGGUGGAGCCUCAAUACCAGGAACUGAAAAGUGAAGAGAUCCCAAAACCCACCAAGGAUGGUGUGACAGUCGCUGUCAUUUCAGGAGAAGCCUUGGGGAUAAAGAAGAUGGAGAUUUUUCUCUUUGUCUGGAACAUCUGUAUCUUUGUGGGAAGGAUGCUGACUCAAAGAGGGAAGACACCAAACUCCAGUUACACAAUGAACCUGUUCCUGGUUAACUUUCAGUCUAAGGUUUAUACACGCACACCAACCUUAUAUCUGGACUUCAAGUUGGACCAAGGAGCAAAGCAUUCCCAGCCUAUUCCUAAAGGAUGGACAAGCUUCAUUUACACCAUCUCUGGAGAUGUAUAUAUUGGACCUGAUGGUGCUCAGCAAAAGAUAGAACCCCAUCACACAGCGGUGCUUGGAGAAGGUGACAGUGUCCAGGUGGAAAAUAAGGACCCCCAAAAAAGCCAUUUUGUCUUAAUUGCUGGGGAGCCAUUAAGAGAACCAGUUGUCCAACAUGGUCCAUUUGUGAUGAACACCAAUGAAGAAAUUUCUGAGGCCAUUCUUGAUUUCAGGAAUGCAAAAAAUGGUUUUGAGGGGGCCAAAACCUGGAAGUCAAAGAUUGGAAACCUGUGAAGUGCUGAAAUUCUGCCAUUUGGAUGGACUGGCCAUUCAGUAUAUUCAAUUUCCAAAGCUGGUUUAGCUGAUGCUUCUAAAGAAUUUUACAUUUAGCUGGGUGGUGGUGGCUCAUGCCUUUAAUCCCAGUACUUGGGAAGCAGAGACAUGCAGAUCUCUGAGUUUGAAGCCAGCCUGGUCUACAGGCCAGUUCCAAGACAGCCAGGGCUACGCAGAGAAAUCCUGUCUUGAAAACCCAAAAGUAAAAAAUAAAAAAGAAUUCCACAUUAAAAUGAAAAGGUGGUUUUUGUAGUGAGUCAUCAGGAUGCAUUAUAUACAUGUAUGAAAUUGUCAAAGAACAGAUUUAACUAUUUUAAAAAGGCAAAGUACAAACAAUAAAAAUGGUAGUAGUACAUGCAAAUAAUUCUAAUUGUUACCUCUUUAAAAAUCAAUGUUCUUCCUUUUGAUGGAAAUUAUUAAGCUAUUAAAAACAAUUGCUUAUGUA